AUACAUUUUGGUUCAAAAUUUGGGUCUUUUGGAAAAUGAAUUUCUUCUCUACAACCGUCCCUCACCACCGUUCAAUAUUGUGAGGUCAUCCGAUAAGUACAUAGAUAUCACAGGUUAGACUCAGACCACACGGAAUUCAGAACAAAAUGGGAAAAUUAGUUUGCGUUACAGGAGCUUCGGGUUAUAUUGCCUCAUGGCUGGUCAAGCUUUUGCUUCACAAUGGUUACACCGUUAACGCCACCGUCCGCAACCUCAGUGACCCGAGCAAGAUUGAGCACUUGAAAGCACUCCAAGGAGCUAAAGAAAGGCUUAAAUUAUUCCAAGCUGACUUACUCGAAAAAGGAUCGUUCGAUUCGGCAAUCGACGGUUGUGAUGGCGUCUUUCACUCUGCAUCCCCUGUCAUGCUGGGUGAUAUUAUCAACCCACAGAAGGAACUUAUAGACCCUGCAGUGAAGGGAACUCUUAACGUUCUUAGUUCGUGUCUCAAGGCGCCGACCGUCAAACGAGUGGUGUUAACAUCAUCGAUGGCUUCUGUUUUUGUUGAACGAAAACGUAAAACAACCGAGACCUUGGUUGAUGAAACUUAUUUUUCCGAUCCUGAAUUUGUCGAGGAAAAUAAGGAAUGGUACAUUCUCUCGAAAACACUGGCGGAAAAAGCUGCGAUUGAGUUUGCAGACCAAAAUGGUAUCGAUUUGUUAGUGAUGAAUCCUGGCUUGGUGACGGGUCCUCUCUUGCAGCCAACUCUAAAUCUUACCACCCGAGCUUUUCUCGACCUUAUAAGAGAAGGGAAGAGCAUGACAACGCCAAGUGGCAUUUUCUUGUUCGUUGAUGUUAGGGAUGUCGCCAAAGCACAUGUGCUAGCUUUUGAGAAUCCUUCGUCUAACGGUAGAUACUGUCUUGUUGCAAAUGUGGUUUAUAACUCGGAAGUUUUGGGUGUCUUGCGUGAACUCUACCCGACUCUUGAUCUAUCCAAGAGUUCACAAGUGGAUCAACGGGAUAUACAACGGUUUCAAGUUUCCCGUGCGAAAGCAGAAUCUUUGGGUAUCAAUUUUAUGUCUCUUGAGCAGAGCCUGAAAGAUACCAUUGAAAGUUUGAAGGAGAGGAAGUUGAUAGAAUGUUCAGAUUACGGGUGUGAAUCUAAAAUAUAACGGGAAUAACUGCCUUUCGAGUCUCUCGAUAAGGUAAGUAUUCGUGCUUGACCCAAAUGUUUAGUCCUAGAUAGUAUAGGUACAUAAUAUUGUACAUAGGGGUGUACAUAACACUCACAUUGAGUGAGACCGACCAAAAAUAAAAAAUCAAGUGGACCCCACUCCAUGUGAGUGUUAUGUACACCUCUAUGUACAAUUAUUAUGUACUUGUAGCAUUUUUGGUAUGAGGAAAGUUGUACUUCUGACAUGUAUUUGUCCACUUUCCAGUCUGGUUUUUGAAGUUUAUCGUAUGGUGGGAUUUGGUUAUUAUAGUAGGUUAAAAGAAAAUUUUCAGAUACAUUUAAUACAUACUUUCUUUGAAAA